AUGACCCCACAAAGGCGCGGGUUCCGCAGUUGCAUUGCCGGCGCGUGCUCACGACGGCUGCGCGCGCACAAUGCAGCGGAAGACGCCGCCCUCGGCAGAUGGAGACGCCGCGAACGUCUCGGGACUGCAAAUGAACGAGGCGGUGAAAUAUCAACGAAUAAUGAAGAAACUAAAGCAGGUGACAGCCAGGAAUCUGGCAGUCCUCCGCCGAGCCCCACCGACUCCGCUGCAUCAGAGUCAGCGCCCACCUUAGUGCACAUCAAACAGGAGGCCAUGGCCCCAGGCACUGACAUCAAGGAGUACUACGGCUCUUUGGACUUCGGCAUACCCGAUACGUAUCUCCCGCCGAACUUCGCCGAAUAUGGGCGGAACUGUCUGCCGAGGCCCCUAGAUUUACCGAGUCAAAGGUUUCUCGAGUCGCACAAGAGCUCUGACGAGAAAGAAGAAGAGAACAGGGAGCACGGCGAGUUAGACAUCAGCACUGAACUGAGUCUCCCUGACGAGUUGAUCCUGAAAGGCGGUGGGAUAUUCGCGAGGUCCAGCAUCGCCAGCGGCACGAAGUACGGACCGUUCAACGGGAAGUGGGAGACGCAGCCGCUGGAUAGGAGAUACGCUUGGGAGGUGUUGGGAAAGAAUGGUAUCCGAGGAUGGCUGGAUGGCACUACUGAGAAGACCAAUUGGCUGAAAUUUGUCCGUUCGACCAAUUACCCACACGACGUCAACGUGCUGCAUUCCUUGGUUUCCGGACAAAUUUGGUAUAAAGUUACACGCGAAAUUGUUUCCGGCCAAGAGCUUUUGCUGGGGCCCAGGACACCAUUGCCUUUGCAAGACGUACUAGCUGCUGCUGGUCGAGAAAAUUCCAACGUUGAGCCAUCGAGUGCUUCCCAAACUUUAGCAGAAGAGGAAGAGCGAGAGGAUACGGAGCCCAGGUGUUCCUUCUGCGACUCGCCUUUUCCCAAUAUCGAUGUACUUGAUCGCCAUUUGAUACAAGCACAUGCACAGCCGGCAGCCGCGUUCCACUGCGAGCUCUGCAACCGCGCAUACAGCUCCCGGGCAUUGUUGCUCAGACAUCGCGCACUAGCACACACCGACAUCAGAAAAUAUCCCUGCGAGAACUGUCCCAAGGUAUUUACCGAUCCUUCCAACCUGCAGCGCCACAUCCGCGCACAGCACGUGGGGGCGCGCAGCCACGCUUGUCCUGAAUGCGGGAAGACCUUCGCCACAUCUUCCGGUCUCAAACAGCACACGCACAUACACUCCAGCGUCAAACCCUUCCAAUGCAAGGUCUGCUUUAAGGCAUACACUCAAUUCUCCAACCUCUGUCGCCACAAACGAAUGCACGUUGCGUGCAGGGCAUUAGUGGAGUGUGGAAAGUGCGGCCAGUCCUUUACAUCGUACGCGUCGCUCACAAAGCACAAGAGAUUCUGCGACACAGCAACUGCUACCAACGUUAAUUUACGUGGCCAACUACCGCAAGUACUUCCUCAAAUCCCUCCCUUACCCAACGUCGGAAUGAAUACUCCGAAUAAUGCUAAUCCAUUCCCCAUGUACAGGGGUCCAGCAUUGCCAUUACCUUAUAAUACCUUUGCUCAUUACCCAGCGCUGUUUUCGGCUGCAGCAGCCGCCUGUCCGCCGGAGUUUUUAAAUCCUCUAUUAUUUAAUGUACAAGGAGCAAGAUUAGCUAUGGAACACGACAUGGCAAUGAGCGCUAGUUUAGCGGCUAAACAGCAAGAAGAACGCAUGUCCGUUAAAAGUAUGGAUAGCACAACUUCACUAGAUGAUUUGAAGAGGAAUAAAGAUUUAGAAUUUGAUGUCAAUAAGCGGGAGGACAACUUGGAUAGAAUUACACCAAAUAAAUCCCAUGGACUCUAUGUAAAACCAUCUCUUCCCUCUUCUGAGGAGCAUUCUUCCCACCAGAGUCGUUCACCUGCAUUACCCGUACAGACACCAAUAGCCUCUUUUACCUAUUCAAGAGAGGAUACGAAACAAAAUACGCCUUUUAAUCUAUCGCUAAAGCUUAAUAAUAAUGAUCUGUUAGGAAAUAAACUGGAGUCGCCAACUGCCGCUAAAGAUUUAUCAACCAAGAACGACGCCGAUAAGAAUUGUUCGUACUCAGAUACCGAGGAGGACACAAAAAAAGACCAAGGCGAUCAACCUUUGGACCUAUCAGUUUCAAGGAAACAAUGCGAUAAAGAGUCUGAGCUUGAUAAUGACGAUCGUUCCUUUCGUAACGCGUCGGUUAAGUCUUAUUCGCCACCAGAAAGCCCAAUCGAGCGACAGACCAAGACACCAGAAAAUGAAACAACGGAUGUUGAUGUGGAAGGAGUAGAACCAAAACGUGAGGACUCACCACAACCGAUAGUAUCAACACCUCUGGCAUUCCCAAUGCCCGUUCACCCUCAACAUAACAACAGCCUCAUUGAUGCGAUGUAUCGUCCACGAUUUUCAUCCUUUCAUACUGCUUCUGAUUCUAUUUUGAGCUCAUCUCAUUCUCCAUACGUUCCGAGCCCGUUCAAUUUUUUAUCCCCACUUCUCGGUACUGAUGGCCCGGAUAGACAACCGAGUGACAUGUUCACCCGGAGCACGGACGCCGCCAGCGACCUCACCUCAUGCCCCCCACCCCCCGCAUCCUCCACACCGCCCCUCCCUUGCUAUUUCUACAUAGCCGACGGUGUACCCGCUGCCGCCUCCGCCCCCACUUUGGCCGCAGCCUUU